AUGGGCAUACCGCGUUUGACACAAUGGCUUCGCCACAACUACCCCGACGCCUUUGGAUUGGAGGCAGACCUCAAGGCGGAGCACGUGUACCUGGACGUGAAUUGCGUGCUCCACGAAGCGUUAACUGCUCUUGGAGGAUCUGCAGCAGAGGAGUCGUUCAUACGCCAUGUAUUUCAGCGUCUCGAUCUCAUCUUGGAGCAGGUCCACUGCAGCGCCUCGCUGUACUUGGCCGUGGACGGCGCGGCUGCAGCUGCCAAGGGAGCUUCGGAUCCACAGCUCACGGGAUGGGUCGGGAUGGACGUUGUUCGGACACGCCACCGGAAGCACAUGGAAGUGCUCGAGCGCAUCGAAACGACUGGCGAUGUUCGCAACAGGUGGCAGAGCAGCGCCGGCGGCGCCGUCUUCGGCAGGAGGUGGUGGGACCGGCAGGAGGUUUUCUGCCUCCGCCGCACCUGCUUGAAGAGCCAAGGGCGAAGAAACGCCAGCGGUGUGGCGAUUUGCUUCUUGGCUGGGGUUGGGAGAAGGUUGGACCAUCUCCUGCCGAAGCUCAUUAGCGAGCAGAAGGAGGAACUGGCUCUACGCCUAGGCCAUUUAGCCUUGAUUUCUGAUGACCCAGACAAUGCCGAGAAGCUGUCCCAGAACAAGAGGUGCAAGCACGUCCUGGAUGUUUGUUGGCAGACCAUCGGUGCCGAUAUCCUCACAUCACAUGAUGACUCGAUUUCCAUCCUUGUGAACUUGCUGGUGCCAUCUGCAACCCGAUCGGAAGUCUUCCGAGGGCUCGCGGAGUUUGCCAGGGAGAAAGGCAGUGUUCGGAUGCUGCUGAAGCACGUUGACAUGCCAGCCCUUGCACAUCACUUGGUCAAGGCCGUGAGCCGAUGCGGGAACGUGGAAGCUCGCGAUGUCGCGCAAGCCUGCAACCUGACGGCGGCCUCCAUGGAGAACCCCGAGGACAGGGUCGCUUUCUGCAACGCCAUCAUCGACACGGAUGGUGGGGACUCCUUCAUGCUCAACUUGUUCGAUGCCUGGCCCAAGAAUCUUGAAAAUAUGCAGCUCAUUGAGACGCUGGACUGGUUCCUCUCCAACCCUGUUGACGACCUGAUGUGGGACGCGCAGACAGCCAACAGGCAGGAGUUUGCUGAGAAGUGGCUGACCUUCCUUGCCGGCCAGUUCCUGGAGCCCGAAGAGAGCACCACCGCGAUGCAAGCCCUCGGUGAUACCCUGCAGGUCCGAGACACAACCUUCCGCCAUGUUCUCCUGCAGGAGCCCUUGCUGGAGCACUUGGUGUCCAGCUUGGUGGUGAGUGUGCUGACGAACCGGCAAGACCAUGGCAAGAUCCGAGCUGCGAUGUAUGCCGCCCUUCACUUGGCCUCCCCGCGUGAGCCCACACCUUUGUCGCUUCUGUCAAGGCAUGAGCGCUUCGACACGCUGGUGGCAUUGGCAGUUGAAAAUAUGCAGGUGGUCAUGGAGGAGAACAUCAUCAAUGUGCUGACGAUCUUCCUGCAGAACAAGCCAACCAAGCAAGCGAAGUUUGGCUACGGAUUCCGCAGCCAUGACCGCGCUGCUGCGGAUGUCAACCGACAUGAGCUUCAGCGCUGCUUGAUUUGGCUAAGGUGGCGUAGACAGGCCGGCGAGGCAGUGAAGACCAUGGAGCAGGAGGCCCCUGCCAAGCAGAGGCCGGGUGAGAUCACUGACUCGCGAGUCAGGAAUCGCUGGAUCGCUUCCUUUGUCCUGAAGCUUCACCCCGAGGAGCUUGACAAACUGACCGAUGACGUGGACUUCCUCAUCUUCCCCCCCGAACUCAAUGCAGCAGAGCGGAAGCACGCACAUGAGGUGGUCAAGGCGCAGAAGCUCAUGUCUGUCUCGACCGGGUCAGGCGACGUGCGACAGCUGCAAGUGUUCCGUCCUGGGGCCAAGAAGGUUCGGGCAGAUGCACACCUGAUCAUUCAGCGCGAGGAGCAGCUCAGUCGCAAGCUGUCGUCUUUGCUGCGCCACAGUGCAGAGCAGCGCGGCAUAGGCAUGCUGCAGGACGGAUACGCGCCGUUGUCCACAGUGCUCAGCCAGCGGGAGUUCUCCCGCUUCAAGCACACCGUGGAGGAGGUGCAGGCGCUCGUGGAGCGGGAUCAGAAGAGACGCUUUGAGCUCACGACCCGGGCUGGAGAGAUGUGGAUUCGGGCCACGCAAGGCCACACCAUGCGCUCCGUCAAGGAUGACGCGCUCCUCCGGCCCAUGAGCCUCGAGGAGGCUGAAAAGGUCGAGAGCUGCGUGCAUGGCACCUACAGGAUGCUCUGGGAGGAGAUCCUCAGCAGUGGUGGUCUGUCAAGGAUGGCACGGAACCAUAUUCACUUUACCACCUGCACAACGACGAACACUGAAGUCAGCGGAAUGCGAGGCGACUGCGAAGUCGUCAUCUACAUAUCCCUUCUUGCAGCCAUGAGCAGUGGCCUCCAGUUCUUCAUGAGCACGAACGGCGUUGUCCUGACGCCGGGCGACGAAAGAGGCAUGGUCUCGAGCAAGCAUUUCGAGAAGGUCGUGGCCCUCGAGGAUGGCGCCAUCCUCUGGCCCGAAAACUCUGUUUCUGAUGCUCCGGCCACUGCUGACGCAACUCAGAAUACCGACACUGAGGUUCUGGCCAGUGGCCAUGUGAAGCAGAUCAUUGAGUCAGUCAGCUUUCUUCUGGCUGCCGAGUCCUCUUCUCUUCUGGAUGCCUCCCUGGAGCUGCUGGCCACACUCCUCGAGUCGAUCGACUCCGGGGCGCUGCUGGGCGCAUGUGGGGCCCUCGAACGCCUCAUUCCUCGUCUGUGCAGUCUGGAGAAGGGCAGAGACAUCCUCCACGGCUUGAUCGCGCUCUUGCAGUGGUACCCGCGCUACGUUCAGCUGAUCUCCCUCGACGUCAAAGCCGAGUGGCUGGCGGAGCAGCUGCAGGCGUCGAGCGAGGAGCGCCCAGCGCCCGUGCGGCUCGAGGUGCAGCGCGAACAGCUCCUGGACAGUCUUUGUUCAGGGCUGGCUCAAGGCUCCGCUUCUCUAUCUUGGGGGAUCGAUGUGACUUUCACAGAUGACGAGGACGAGGACGAGGAUGAGGAGAGCAACCAUCGGCAAGAGUUCUUCCGUCUGGCUGCCGAGGAGUUUAUGGAGCUUGGGCUCUUUGUUAGCAAGGACGGACAGCGCUCCUUCCACAUCAACCCUGAGGCCAAAGAGAAUCAGCUGCCACAGUUCGAGCUCUGUGGCAAGGUGAUCGGCCUCGCCCUGCUGCACAGGGACAAUGUUCCGGCCAUGCGACUAAGCCCGGCUUUGCGCAAAGUCUUGCUGGGCGGUGCCAAGCUCAAAAUGGAGGACCUGGCCGCGGUCGAUCCGACCUUCUACCAAAAUCACGUGCUCCACAUCUUGGAGGGGCACUACAAAGAGGAAGAGCCGCCAAAGGAGCUUGCCGAACUGGGCCUGACGUUCCAAGAUGAGAUUGGAGGUGUCAAGACUGAGCUUUGCAUUGGCGGUGCACAGCGACGGGUUACCGAGGAGAACAAAAGCCAGUACCUGGAUCUGCUCUGCCACCACCGGCUCUUGGGCUCGGUACGGCCGCAGGUACAAGCAUUGCUCCGGGGAGUUCAUGCUCUGGUCUCUCCAGAAGUGCAGCAUGCACUGCAGCGCACAAUCUCAGCUGCUGAGCUUGGCAUGAUCCUCUGUGGAACGGCGCGCCCGGAUGUGCAAGAGUGGAAGGAGGGCAGCACGAAGAUGGACGAGCUAUCCCCAGAAGCAUGGCAGAUGUUCUGGCAGGCUCUUGAGGCCAUGACACCGGAGCAGCAGAACGCCGUCCUCGAGUUCGCUACCGGCAGCACCCACCCUCCAACGGAAGGUGGGUUGGCAGCCCUGAAGUUCACAGUGGCGCCGGCCAGAAGCACGGAACCAGCUGCAGAGCCGCAUCUUUCGACACUGUACCUCCCCAGCUACAACUCGGCCGAAGAAGCCCGGGAGGCACUCGUCAUGGCCGCAUACGGGCACUCGAAUAGGAUGUGCCCGCAGGAGGCCAAGUGA